CCGCGAGCAUACUGUGGCAGCUUCAUACUGAGAUGAGACUUCUAAGUGUUGUAAUUGCUAAAGGAAUAUUUCACCGAUUUGCAUUUAGCUUUGUUUUACUAUAAUAGGUAUAUUUGAAGAAAAAUAAUAUGUUCCCAACCUCAGUUUCCACCUGAGUUGAGAAAUAUCUUCAUUCUUUUCUUUGUUACGUGGCCACCAGUGAUACUUGGUCCUGUUAGCGUAGCUGUUAGCAAAGAUGGCGGACACUGUUUACUGUUUUGAGGUUAGUUUACACAUGUUGCAUUUCAGGUUCUAAUUUAAACCAUGUCAUAUGCUCAAUCUCAGUAAACUCUUGAACUAUAUGCUGCGUCCAUAUCAUCGUUGCUUCUAAUCGGGGCCCCCCAGGUUGAGAUAUACAAUGAUGGAGGAAAAGAGAAACAAUACUUUUGCCAACGGAGCAGGCCCUGAGCUGAGAAAAUGCGACUCGGACACUUUUCAGUGUCCGGUUUGCCAUAAAAAGGGGAGCUACCCAAAACUUGUGGCUCACCUGCAGGGCCACCGACGGUCAAUUGUAGAGUAUGGUGGAUACAGUGUCUACAAAUGCCAGCUUGGCUGUGUGCAAAGCCACCAUUAUCACUGUGGCUUUUGCACAAAAGUCUUUGUGACAAAGGAGUUUUUUGUCCGUCACUUCAAAAUCUGCUGCAAGACAAAAACCACAAAUACUACUGCAAAUUUGGCAUUUACGGUGACUCCAGCAUCCACUCCAGCAGCUAUGGUGACUCCAGCAGCCACAGUGACUCCAGCGUCCACUCCAGCAGCCAUGGUGAUUCCAGUGUCCACGGUGACUCCGGCAGCCACAGUGACUCCGGUGUCCACGGUGACUCCAGCGUCCACUCCAGCAGCCAUGGUGAUUCCAGUGUCCACGGUGACUCCAGCAGCCACGGUGACUCCAGCGUCCACUCCAGCAGCCAUGGUGAUUCCAGUGUCCACAGUGACUCCGGCAGCCACAGUGACUCCAGCGACUCCAGCGUCCACUCCAGGAGCCAUGGUGACUCCGGUGUCCACGGUGACUCCAGCUUCCACUCCAGCAGCCAUGGUGAUUCCAGUGUCCACGGUGACCAUGGCGGCCCCAGCAGCAGACCAUCGCAAAAAAACAUGGUUGGUGGCGCGCAAAAAAACGGCGUGUUGUUUUUGUUGCAAACCAAUCCUUAGAAAAAACCUCAAAACACACAUUGAAAGGCAACACAAGGAAAAAUCAUCGGACAUAACAGCAAAUCACCACCUGAACUCUGUGUGUGUUGAUGGGAAAAGGGGAAUUUUUGCCGUGUCUAGAUCUUUCAAGGCUACUGCACACUAUAUCCAUGCCCAAAAAUGUACCUGGGGUAGUCACCACCAUGUGUCCUGCCAAUUGGAGACAUGUAACAGGGCAUAUGACAAUGCACUGCCAAGUGGGUUACUGGAGUUUGACUGUGUCCAUGUUCGGUCGUUGGCAUUUAGUCCUGUGACCACCACACCAGCUGUUUCUCUUGAUGAUGGGGUUCUCACAGACAUGCUGGAAAACAAGCGGUUAAGCCAAAACUGUGUGGCUGAAUGUCUGACAAGGAAACUGGCUGCUGAUGAUCAAGGUGCACCCCUUAGUGUGGUGGUAAACCUCGAAAAUGAACAGGGACACAUUUAUCUUUCUGUGUUUGAGCCACACAUUUCAUUGUAUUCUAGAUAUGGGAGGGUCAUGGUCCACUAUGACAAUUCAGACAACUCAUUGAGUUGCCCCUGCUCAGAACCCUGGACAUCUUGCCCACACAAAGCCAUAUCAAAGUGGCACCUGCACCAAUUAAGGCCUGACUUCUUUGUACAAAAUAUGGAUUGUCAAGAAGACUCCUCCGAUGCACCCAUGGAAGAUUAUGCACCCAUGGAAGAUGAUGCACCACCCGUGAAAGAUUAUGCACCCGUGGAAGAUGAUGCACAGCCUGAACAUGGUCUUUUGUAUCCCCCGGAAGGAAAAGCACUGGUUGAAAUGGUGGAUUACCUCAUUUCACAUAAAGCCCUGCCAGCAAACCUUCCGAGGAAUUUGAUUUCAUCAGAGGAUAUGCCAAGGCACUUAGUUCCCAAAGAGAACUUCUGUCACAAAUGUCCCGGCAAAGUUCCACUUUCUGGGGCGAUAGCCAUUUGCAAAAAUGCAAAGAUUGUAUCAGUCACUGGAAUUGUGGAGGGUAUAACUACAUAUUGUAAAUUAUGUGUCACAUGCAACACAUUUUAUCGAUACCAGGAGUGGACAGAUGGGCUACACAAUUUUAACGAUGGUGUCAUUUUGACACACCAUUUCUGCCUUUUCCUGAGGAACUCUGUACAGAACCAUACAGCAGUGGCGAGCGCUGUGGCGGCUUUACAAGCCACAAACAAAGAUAAAUAUCCAGACCACGACUCCAUACUUCACGGGUACCUUCAUUUUGAAGCUCUUUCAGCACAUGAGUAUUCAUUCUCUUGUGCGAGUUGUGGAAACCAUCCUCCUGUUGUCAUCAUGGAUUUGCAUAAGAAGGGAGUCCUCAGUGUGCCAAUGAGUGACCUUAAAGAGCCCCCAUCUGACUUUAAUGGCGAGGUCGACAUGGAAGACUUUUGGCAUUCUGUCAGCCAGGAAAUUAUUUGCAGAGGCUUUGUGAAGAGCAAUGCUGCAAACCCGUGUGGGGUACCUCCAUCGUAUCACAAAUGGGCACCAUGGAUAGGUCCUCACACCAGAGCCAGCAAUAUGGUGUUUAACAAGGAGUACAAGAAAGUCAAAGGCAGUAAAGGAUCCAACCCGCUAAAGCAGGCAGAGGUGGAUAGAUUGACAACUGAAGUAAUGGACUUAAAGGUUGAUUUACUGCGGACUUUAGUAAAACAGUGUGGCCUUGAUUCAUCUGGAUCAAAAAUGGAUCUUGUCAUCCGCUUGAGAGAACAGAUGAAAGGCCGCAGUACCUAUGACAAGGUGUUUCAGAAGGUCUGGGGUGCAUCAGGUGGCUGGGCUGUGAUAAUGUGUCCCUGUGGUGUUGUGAGUUCAGUGAAGUUCAAUAUCCGAGCAGAAAGUCCACAGGAUUAUGCAGACAUGCUGCUCUGCUACAAACACCUGCCAAAUGUAGUCAUGGCCUCACCUCAAAUUCUGGACUCCGCCAAGAAGGGAGAAAUGGAAAAAAAACUGCCCUGGGUAAACUUGCGGAAGAGGCCUGCAGACAUAAAUGCACACCCAGACCCAGGAUCUGCAGAUCACUAUGCACUAUAUGACACAUUUCAUGAGGCAAACAUGAAAGACCUAAAAGACUGCCUCGGAAAAGUUGGUCUUGUCCCAGAAGCCCGUGGAUGGGUGAAUUCCCAAACAGCAGAACAAUUGUUCUCCAAAAUGAGGAAAAACAAUCAUUUUCUGAGCAUGAUGUCCCCAGGAAGCCAUGUCUUUCUCAUGAGAUGUAUGAUUCAUCAUCAUAAUCUGACAAUAAAUGAGAAGACACUAACAGAUCUUCAGGAAAUAUCGACAGAGGACAUUGCCACAGACAGGGCUGGACUGGGACCAGAAAAUAGCCCUGGCAUUUUAGGCUUUGGCGGCUCACCAUGAUUAUUUAACUACAUGUGGGGGCACAUGACAUGUGGCAUGUUGAAAAAUGGCUAUCAAACCUGGAAAUCAUGAUGUUCUCAUGAUGUCUUUUAAGUUUUAAUGAUGAUUUUUUUUGUCAAAUGGAGCAAAGAAACCAGACAAUAUUCACAUUUAAGACAUGUUUGUAUUACAAUAACGCUAAUUAAAUUCAGUGUCAUCGAUUUUGUUGAAUCGCCAAAUAAAUACAUGGAAUAAAAUGUAAUAGAUGACAUUAAAAACAGUAAACAGUUGUUGCAAUUGACAACUUUAUUCAACGUUCUAGUAUUAUCAACUUUUGAGAGUUAGGACAUUUUGUCUGGGUCUUCUGUUUAUAUCAUUAAUAAUUCAUUGAACAAACAUGGAGGCAUCACAUUCAUGUUCAACUGAAAGGAAAAAAUGACUGUAAAACAAUGUUUUCUAACUUUUACCCGAGGUUUGAGUCUCUGAGCUUCUACUUGAUAGAAAAGUGUAAAUGUGAGUCACAGGAACAAUGUUAAUGUAGUCACUUAUUUAGGUCUGAAUAAAUAAGUGAAGGACAGAAGCGAUUAAUUUCUUUAAUUAAAUGUAUUGUGUAUGUUUUCUAAAAUGUCUCCACUCUGUUUCAAACAAAGACAACACCAUCUCCACAUCCAACCACAGUGAGCGAUGCAACCAAUCGCAAUCAUUUUUUUCAAUUGACGGCCCUAAUAUAUAUUUUUAACAACACCACUAGUAAAUAUAAUAAACGUGUAAAUAA